AUGUCUGCUGCAGGGAAUAGCAGUGGAUUAACUCCAGAAGAAGUUGAAGAAAUUGAAAGAUCCUUUCGUGAAUAUGACACGAAUAAGAAUGGCAGUAUUACACCAGAUGAAAUGAAGGAAUGUCUUCAUAAAGCCGGUGUUACAGCACUUGAUAAAGAAGUUGAUUAUAUUCUUAAACGGAUGGACAAAAAUCAUUCAGCAUGUUCGGAUAUAACAUGGACGUUUUUUAGCAAUAGCAAGGAGCCGAUGAAUACGGCUCAUUUUUGA